AUGGCAGGUGAGAACAAAGAUAAGACUCAAAGAGCUGAUACACCCUUGUUGGUGGCAGCCCAGAAAGGAAUAGUUGAAGUAGUGAACAAAAUUCUUGAACGAUUACCAGUCUCCAUCCACGAUAUCUCACGGAAGAAGAAAAGUAUAGUGCUGGUAGCUGUGGAGAAUAGGCAACCCAGAAUUUUAGACGCACUAGAGACACACGUGAACGAGGUAUUAAAGAAGCCUCAGCUCUGGCGACACCUUGUUGGGUCUGUGGAUUCUGAUGACAAUACUAUAUUGCACUUAGCAGCGAACUACUACAAUUACGAAUUGCAGAUUGAGGGCUCUAGCGCCUUGCAGAUGCAACACGAAAUCAAGUGGUAUGAGUAUGUGAAAUCGUUUUCGCCACCCCACUUCACUUUUCUUGCAAACAAAAAAGAUGAAACUCCAGAAGAAAUCUUCCUUAGAAAUAAUCGAGUGCUUUUUUUAAGAAGCGAUGAAUGGCUUAGUCAUACAUCUGAAUCUUGCUCAGUGGUGGCUGCGCUGGUUGCCGGAGUUGCCUAUGCGACAUCAACCACUGUACCUGGUGGCAACCAUGACAAGACUGGCAAACCAACGUUAGAAGGACGCCCUGGAUUCGAUAUUUUCGCUAUCUCUGCGCUAAUUGCACUCUGCUUCUCUGUUACUGCAAUCAUCAUGUUCCUUUCCAUAAUCACCUCUCGAAAACGACCCAAUGAUUUUAGGAUAAAAUUGCCGUUGAAGCUUUUUCUGGCCUUGAGCUCGCUCUUUGGGUCCAUUGUCUCAAUGUUCAUCUCUUUCUGCGCCGGGCAUUCCUUUGUGCUUGAGGACAAGUUCAAGAGAUCAGUGCUCUCUCUUUAUGUUUUCAUUUGUCUUCCCAUUUUCCUCACAAUUGUAGAGUUUCCUCUCUACAAGGAUCUUUUCAAAGGCUUUUUUAUGAGCGUUUAAUGACGAUCAGAGACGUGUUUCAUAAUUUGUAGACCCAUCAAUGAUUAUGUUUAUUCAAGAUUAUAU